GGCCCCGCCCCCCUCCGCGGUGCAUCGCGGCGGCUCUGAGGUGAGGGGGGGGGCGGCGGGAGAGGCCCCUCCGGAACCGGCGCAGAAUUCCCCAACACCUCGGGAGGAACCAAGUGGGAUCCGGUGCCUGGAGGUGAAGAAGGUGUUAACUGGGAGAACUGGGAGAGCUGGAGGAGCCUGGAGCCACCUCCUGUGCCAGCAGAACCUGAAGAACCCAACCCCAGCCUCUACAGCCAGAUAUUUAUUUUUUUUUUGGGGGGUGAGAAGAAGUUGCUUUUUUUUUUUGUGGUGCUGUCAACAGAUUCCUGACAACUCCAGACCCCGGCUGCCCUCACCGUGGGGAUUGUUACCAUCCCAGCCUGCCUGAGAAUUGCUGCUCUGCUCAAGGACAACGACUCUGCUUAUUUUUAUUUUAUUUUCCUCCCCUUUUCCCCUGCAGCUGGACACCAAGAUGUCUAAAAAGCAGAAUAUCAAAGAUCCAUCUGGCUUCAUUUUUGAUGUGCAGUCCAAAACUGUGAUGGCCCAAGGAGGAACCUUUGAAAACAUGAAGGAGAAGAUCAGUGCUGUCCGUGCCAUCGUCCCCAACAGGAGCAACAAUGAGAUUGUCCUCGUGCUGCAGCAUUUUGACAACUGUGUGGACAAAACUGUGCAGGCUUUUAUGGAAGGCAAUGCCAGUGAAGUGCUGAAGGAAUGGACUGUAACAGGCAAAAAAAAGAACAAGAAGAAGAAAACCAAACCAAAGCCACAAGCUGAGUCGAGCCCCGGCCGCCCAGAACCCGGGAAAUCGGUGUCCACUGAAGAGGAGCAGUCAGGAAACUCAGAGAAAGGUGGAAUUAAUGGUUUCCAUGUCAACGGCUGUGCCCACGACACCGAAUCCGUGGAUUCUCUGAGUGAGGGAUUGGAUUCCCUUUCCAUUGAUGCCCGGGAGCUGGAGGAGUGCGAGGCUGCGGCGCCCGGGAGGACAGCAGUGCCUGAACUAGAGAAUGGGAUAACAGACUUUGACACAAAAUCGCUCAUCCUGCAUCCUUCCCAGAGCUCCUCCUCCCUCCGACAGCAGCCCGAGCACAGGAACACUCCCAGCUCUCUGUCCCGACCAGCAGCCGCCGCCUCCGCUCCCUCCUCCCUCUCCGUCCAGCGCCUGGAAGACCUCCCCGUCACCCCCACCAGCAGGAAGCUGGGUUCUAACAUUGAAAAAUCAGUGAAGGAUCUCCAGCGCUGCACCGUGUCGCUGGCACGGUACCGGGUGGUGGUGAAGGAGGAGAUGGACACUUCCAUCAAGAAGAUGAAGCAGGUGUUUGCUGAGCUGCAGAGCAGCCUCAUGGAUCGGGAAGUGGCCUUGCUGGCUGAGAUGGACAAAGUGAAAGCAGAAGCAAUGGAGAUCCUGCUGAGCCGGCAGAGGAAAGCAGAAGCCCUGAAGAAGCUGACAGAGGUGGCAGUGAGGAUGUCAGAGGAGCAGCUGGUGGAGCUCCGGGCUGACAUCAAGCACUUCGUGAGCGAGCGCAAGUACGACGAGGACCUGGGGAGGGUGGCAAGGUUCUCCUGUGACCUGGACACCCUCAAGAAGAGCAUUGCCACCUUCGGGCAAGUUUCCCACCCCAAGAACAGUUACUCCACCCGCUCACGCUGCAGCUCCGGGGCCCCCCCGAGCGCUCCCAUCCCGACCCCCGCACCCCCCGCCUGUGCCUCUGCCACCUCCAGCCUUACCCCCCCCACCAAGAGACCCUCGUCCUCAGCAGAUCCAACGGGGGGCACCCGGCCCCCCCAACCCUCCCGAGAGGGGUCCAGGAGAACGGGAGGGGGGCCCAGGACCCCGGGGCAGCGCCACAUUGGGGCCCCCCCAGCCCCCGGGCGCUACGGCAGCGGCCACCGAGCGAGGCCGGGCCCGGGGCAGCCCCAGGGCAAGCAGCCCCCCCCGUCCCCCCCAGGACCCCCCCCCUCCAGCACAGAGCCCAAGGGGCUCCCCCAACGCAAGCCCCGAGCCAGUCGCCAGGAAGGAGCCAAUUCCUGAGACCUGGAGCUGCUGCCCCCCCCUUCCCCCCCCCCCAGGGAACGUUUACACUGCGCAGGUUUUGUGCCAUUUGGGUUGGGGUUUUCUUUCCCCUUUUUUCUUCCCUUUCUUCACCCCCCCCCUUCUACUUUGUGUUCUUCUCACACCCCUGAGCAGGUCCAGGCUGCCCCCCCCCCCCCAAAGGGUGCUGCCACCUCCCUCCUUCCCUCCCCCCCCCCAGAAAUCAAAGCCCCUUCCUCGUGCUGGCAGCGAGGAGGAGCAGGGCUGGGACAGGGGGUGGGGGGGCCCCUCCUGGGGGACAGGCAGGGAGCUGGCUCCCCCUUAUCCCUGGUUUGAUGGGGGGGGGUCUCUGUUUUGUCCCCCCCAAACCCCAGCUCCUCCUUCUCCCUCAGUUCCCUUCCCAGUGGCUCAGCCCGGGUGGCACCAGGGGAGGUUGUCACUGUCACCCCUUGGUGCCACCAGGGACUUUAAGGCUCUGGAGAGGCCAGGGGGGGCUGUUCUUGGGGGAGGGGGGGUCCCAGGAUUUGCUACCCUUAAUUUUUCUCCCCCCUUUUCUUUAACUUUCUCUCCAGUGGGUUGCACACUGUCAAUAAAGCCCGGUGUUUCCUGCUGACA